GAAUUCAUAGGUAUAUCAUCUGGCCAUGCGACCCUGGUUCUCUGAUAUCUCCCUCUCGAGAGAGGAAUCCCUAGUUUUGGCUCAAGAAUCUACCUCCUUUCGACAUCUUUAUUUUAGCUUCAGCGAUGCACGGCGAAUCUCAUUCUCUUGGCCCUAAUGCUAAGGGUCUACUCUGCAAUGCUGGCGCCGGCGCCGCUGCUGGAGUUAUCGCUGCCACAUUUGUUUGCCCUUUGGAUGUGAUCAAGACUAGGUUUCAGGUCCAUGGGCUACCUAAGCUCGGAAACGGAACCAUUAAAGGUAGCCUCAUAGUCGGGAGUUUGGAACAAAUAUUCCAAAAGGAGGGCUUACGUGGCAUGUAUCGUGGACUUUCUCCUACUGUGUUGGCUUUACUCCCAAACUGGGCGGUGUAUUUUGCCAUGUACGAGCAGCUCAAAAGCUUACUCUAUUCUGAUGUUGGAAGCCAUGAACUCUCGAUAGGUGCAAACAUGGUAGCUGCUGCUGGUGCUGGAGCUGCAACAACUAUUGCAACCAAUCCUCUUUGGGUUGUGAAGACAAGAUUUCAAACUCAAGGAAUGAGGACGGGAUUGGUCCCAUAUAGGAGUACACUGUCUGCUUUGAGGAGAAUAGCUCAUGAGGAGGGCAUUCGUGGAUUAUACAGUGGUCUUGUGCCUGCAUUGGCAGGAAUUAGCCAUGUUGCCAUUCAGUUCCCGACAUACGAGAAGAUCAAAAUUUACUUGGCUAAGCGAGAUAAAAGAACCACAGAUACACUCAGUACACGUGAUGUUGCUGUUGCUUCGUCGGUCUCCAAAGUAAUUGCAUCAACAUUGACGUAUCCACAUGAGGUCGUGCGUUCAAGGCUUCAAGAACAGGGACACCACUCAGAGAAGCGAUAUUCUGGUGGAAUUGAUUGCAUUAAGAAAGUCUUUCAAAAAGAAGGUAUUCCUGGAUUUUACCGUGGUUGUGCUACCAACCUAUUGAGAACCACCCCAGCUGCUGCUAUCACCUUCACCAGCUUCGAAAUGAUUCACCGGUUUCUGGUCAAUCUGUUCCCUGGUGAGCCACAACCUCAAACACUGUGAAUACAAAUUUUGCUCAACUUGGGUGCUUGAUAUCAAUGAAGCUUGAGCUAAUGUCAGCUUUUCUGUGGCUCUACGCAUUCAUUUGAAGGCAAUAUAAUUCAGCCAGUCAAUAUAUGUCC